UCUGGCUCCGGCCGGAUCACAGAGGGGUGUGCGCGCGGGUCCCGAUGCAUCUGCCAGAGCUGGGAGCUUGCGGAAGGGCGCGCGCGGGCCUGGUCUUGAGUGGUCGGAGGUCUCCAGAAGCCCUCAGCAUCCCUUCUUUCUUACUUAUACACCCCAGCCUCACGCGUUAGGCGUUCCCCCUGCAGAUGGUGAGCCGGCGGCGGGAAGGUGGAGGUGGACGUAGCUCGCUGCCACGCGUACCACAGGAGAGCCAAAGCUUCUUUCUCAGCUGCUGGAGAGCACUUAGAAGAGGAGUCAGAGGGGGCAGGCUAUGACUUCAUGUGAAAAAUAGCCACCAAAGAUCUAUCCAGCAUAAUUUUUAGUUUUUUAAUUUUGGUAAGUGCCCAUUUUUAAAACAGAUUAAGUUUGUCUGAAUUAUUUUGAAAGUAUAUAUUACAAAACAUUCAAAAGCAAGUGAGAAUUCAAACGCAUAGAGCAAAGCUACAGGGCUUUUUACCGAGGCCGUUGAGGAGGUAAGCCUUUCUCCUGGAAGCUUUGGUUAUUAUAUUUUCAGAAACAUGGUCCCAUUCUUUUCUUUAUUAUUAAAAGCAUAACUAAUUAGUAUAAAUAUUCUUUUUGAUAUUCGAUUGACACAUAAUUGCUAAAAUAAGUUGUUGUGUUUUUUUUUUACAUUUUCAAGAGGCAGAAGAUAUACCAUCAGGUCCUAGAAGGAGUCUACCACUUUCUUCUCUACCCUGAAGAGACUUGGAAAUUAAUGGGUAACAUUUUGCAUGAAAAUGACUGAAUAUAUUCCUUCUUAUCUCUGAGGCCUUCUGUGGAGAAUUAAUAGGAGGUUGAGUGUGCAUGGAUAAAAUGGAUCAUCUUAAAGGAUUGAAGUUCCAAAAAUAUAUCAGCAGGACUGGACAGGUUUGACAUAAUGAGAUUUCUAUUUUAGCUUGACUUCUGGAACUCUGAAUAAACUAUAAACUGAGCUGCACAGGUCCUGGGAAGGAAGUUUCUCUUCUAAAAUAUUCUAGUUGCAUAUAACAUUUUCCUUAUUCAGAACCUUUGAAAAAAUAUAUUUACAUCUCAAUUUCCUGAGAAUUAAGACUAAUAGACACUUGCCAACUUUUAAUAUAUGAAGCGGGAUAGAAAGCAACAAUUUGUAUCAUUUUGGAAAAGAAAUUUAAAGAAACAGACACCAGGAAGACGAGAAAUCUCUACAUAAGCACCGGUUGAGAUGGCAGAAGCUUCUGUGGAUGCCUCGACUCUGCCCGUAACAGUGAAGAAAAAGAAAAGUUUAUCCAUUGAAGAAAAGAUCGACAUUAUAAACGCGGUAGAAAGUGGCAAGAAAAAGGCAGAAAUUGCAGCUGAAUAUGGAAUAAAGAAAAAUUCACUGUCUUCUAUUAUGAAGAAUAAAGACAAAGUUCUAGAAGCCUUUGAAUCUCUGAGAUUUGAUCCAAAGAGAAAAAGACUGAGAACUGCUUUUUACACAGAUCUGGAAGAGGCAUUAAUGAGGUGGUAUCGAAUUGCUCAGUGUCUAAAUGUACCAGUUAAUGGUCCAAUGCUACGUCUAAAAGCUAAUGAUUUUGCACAGAAACUGGGACAUAAUGAUUUUAAGUGCAGUAACGGUUGGCUGGAUCGCUUUAAAUCCAGGUACGGUUUAGUAUUCAGAGCUCAACCUGUGGAAGCUACAGGUGUUUCAGCAGACCCUUCAACUGUCUGGCACCAAAAUGUACUUCCUUAUUAUUUAAAUGAUUAUCAUCCUAAAAAUGUUUUUAAUAUAAAAGAGACCGGGCUGCUUUAUCGAAUGUUACCUACAAAUACAUUUGCAUUUAAAGGAGAAACCUGCUCGAUUGGAAAGUUAUGCAAAGACAGAAUAACUCUAGUGGUUGGGACAAACAUGGAUGGCUCAGAGAAACUUCCUUUGCUCAUCAUUGGAAAACACAGAAAUCCACAUUGUUUCAAAGGUAUAAAAUCAUUGCCUGUGUGUUAUGAAGCUAACAGGAUGGCAUGGAUGACGUCAGAUGUAUUUGAACAAUGGAUGCGGAAGCUCGAUGAGAAAUUUCAAGCCCAGCAACGAAGAGUGGUGAUCUUUGUUGAUUCUUUUCCUUCACAUCCGGAGGUAAAGAACCUAAAGUCCAUUGAGUUAGCGUUCUUUCCGUCAUGUGUAUCUUCCAAAUUUAUAGCUAUGAAACAAGGUGUUAUUAAAAGCCUUAAAAUCAAAUAUCGACAUUGUCUUAUCAAAAAAUUUUUAAGCUCUGUUGAAGGCAGCAAAGAAUUUACAUUUUCCCUACUAGACGCAGUUGAUACUUUGCACCUUUGCUGGAGGGCUGUAACCCCCGAGACUAUUGUUAAGAGCUAUGAAGAGGCAGGAUUCAAAUCUCAAAAGGGAGAAAGUGACAAGACAAAUGCAGAGACAGACACUGGUCUUGAUUUGGUUGCCCAUGCUCAGGCAGCAGGUGUGGAAUUUCCUGAAGGUUUAUCUCUAGAAGAGUAUGCUGCCCUCGAUGAUGAUUUGGAGACCUGCGAAGCGGCACCAAAAGGUGAUUCUGUAUGGACCGAAGAGAGUAAAUCAGAUGAAACUGGGCUUUAUACUUCUGAUGAAGAGGAUGAUGGUGGAUCUCUAGGAACUGAGCUCCCUUUACCAUCAAAAAAUGAGGCCAUAACUGCUUUAGAUACUCUUAAAAGUUUUCUUAGAAGUCAAGAUGUGAAUGAGGAGCUUCAUAAUUCUUUAGCAGACCUUGAAAUUUUUAUUAACUCAUCAUCUAAAUAAUUAUUUGUGGUAUAACAUCUUUUCCUAAUGUAUUUUACUGGAUAAGGUAUAUGAAGGGAAACUACCACUUAAACACAAAAAAUUUAAAAACUAGCAAUCUUUAGUUUAAUUGCACAUGUCUUUGACCUGAAUAGCAAAGUUGCCCUAGGUAGAUUAAAUAAAGAGUAAAUAAAUGAAAAAUAUGAAUUUCAACUUACCAAGGUUUUGGGGAGUAGAAACUGUAUUACAGAGGCCUUGUACUUGAAAUAUAUGGUACAUAUGUCAAAAAUAGAAAACUCUCCAGCUAUUUGAUUCAUACAGGUUGAAUUGGUGAUUGCUAUUUUUCUCUUUUUUUUUUAAAGCACAGAUCAUGUUCUAGAAUAUUUUAAUUUAUCUACCUCGUCUAGGAAAUAAAAUAUCUAUUACUUAGAUAUUUAUUUUUAUAAAGACAUAUAUUCUAGCCUCAUAUCAAGUAUUAAUUUUAAAUUACUUUAUUUUUCUUGUAACUAGCUUAUCUUGCUAACAGGAAAUUAUGAAUAAGCACUGAAAAUAAAACCUGACCCAAUUAUAUACCAAAAUGAUUAAAAAUAUAUGUCUCGCUACUUUCCAGUUAUUUCUAUAUAAGGUCAAAUGAAAGACUAUGACCUUAUCAGAUUCUUUCUGUCAUCUAUAACCAGAAGAUGAUAUAGUUUCUUCCUAAAUAUUUAUAUGUAUGUGUGUACAUUUAAUAGAAAAAUACAUUACUGAAACAUUUGUUAAAUUCUUAUG